UAUCGGAAAAGGCUUGUCCUCCCAGGAACUCAUCUAUGGAUACUUUGGUGUCUCCAAAGCCACACAGAAUCACAGGUGGACUAUCUCCGUGACUUCAUGAGAGGGAUAUAACUCGUCGGACACUUUUCUGGGCCGCCGUCUACCCGCAGCGGAGAUGUCUGAGGAAAAUGUGGGGGAAGAGUCGGGCAGCGCGCCUGUCUCUCCUGCGGACAGCCUGAGCAACAGCGAGGGGGAGCUGGACAGGCAGCCGAAGAGAUGUGGGAGGAAGAGGAGACCGAGUAGGAAAAACGGGGAGGACUCAGAUAGCCCGACCCCUGGGAAAAGAGGGAAGAAGUCCAGCAGCAGCAGCCCCCAGUCUUUCGAGGAGCUCCAGUCGCAGCGGGUCAUGGCCAACGUCCGAGAGCGCCAGAGGACGCAGUCUCUGAACGAGGCGUUCGCGGCUCUGCGGAAAAUUAUCCCCACCUUGCCCUCGGACAAACUGAGCAAAAUACAGACCCUUAAGCUCGCAGCCAGAUACAUCGACUUCCUCUACCAGGUGCUGCAGAGCGACGAGCUGGACUCCAAAAUGGCAAGUUGUAGUUAUGUGGCUCAUGAGAGGCUGAGCUACGCCUUCUCUGUAUGGAGGAUGGAGGGCGCUUGGUCCAUGUCAACAUCUCACUAGCAUCUGGAGAAAUUAUGCCCUAAAUGGUGACUGCUGAUUCUACUUAUCACAUUCUGACGGGACAAAUCUGGAGUCCAAUGCUGGAUACAUGGGAUCAAUCUAUUUAAAAACCAAAGAAGCUCUGGGGGAACUUUUUUUUUUUUUCAUUAUUAUUUUUUUCUUUUCUUUGCAGAGGCCCGACUGGGACUUGCAGCCCUG